GAAAAAAACAGGCAUAAAAGGAAUUUAUAUGUAAUGUCUAAUUCUAAGGAAAAUCCUGAUCACAGUCAAGGGAAAACAACGAAAUCACUAUCAUUGUCUUCAUAAAAUUGGCUUAAAUACUUGUAAAUAUAUAUAAUGUCAAAUCUUAAGAAAAGUACUGACCCUACUCAACGGGAAUCUACAAUGCUGGAUGAGCAACCGCAAGCAACAGUAAAGAAAAAAGGAGACACAGGACAACCCAGAUGUAAACUGGAUUUGCAUGGUUGUUUAAAUCUUCAAGAUAUUUUAUUGAUAUUUGAUAGUCCUGUGAGCCAAGAGCGAGCAUGGGCAUUGUGCUAUCAGACAGCUAAGAGUCUUUCAAACUCAACACAAAAUAAAUUUUAUGAGAUAUCAGAAUAUUCGCAUAUUGUUCUUCAUAAAGAUGGAAAUGUACAACUUGAUAGCUUAGCAGGCUCUAAGCAACCUCUUGUUUCUGAGGAGAAGGCAGUUCUUUCAUUGGGUAUGGUGAUCUUUAAGGCCUUGGAUUUUGGUUCUAAUGCAGAAGAAGAAAUAGCUUUGUCACCAGACCUUGAAGCUCUUAUUACAUUGAUGACAAAUUGUACUCGAACAUCUGAAGGCGAUGUGGAGGGACGCUUGCAAGAAACUGAUGAUGAAGGCAUUGAGCGGGACUCGGGUGAUACAGAUGCGGACGACGAUAUGAUGUCGAAAACGGCUGAGCCGUACACAGGUAGUUCUGUAUGUACUCUGAAGACUGUCCUCCAAAUAUGCGCACGACACAUACAAAAUUUGCAUGAAGAUAUCGAUACUUAUUAUCAGAAUGUGAUACAAACGUUUGUGGAGGAGGCCUUAUCUCUCUCUCAAUUUCUCGAAAAAGUGGUUGUUGAUAAACAAUCACAAGAUUUGUUUAAUAUGAAUGGGACUGAUCAUAGUUCGACUUCGCUACAAAAUCUUGAUACGUUGGAUUUCAAUGAUUGGACGGACGUUAGAAUUUGGAGGGCCAUACAAGCCAGGUUUUGGGUUCAAGUUAUCGGCGAAUUGAGGCGAGGGGUGAAAUUGAAGAAGGUAGAAGCUAAUUUGGGUUCGCGUGCUUCCUCACGCGGACAAGGAAAAUGUCCGGACUAUAAGCUGACUCCUUACGAGAUCUUGAUGGACGAUAUUAGGGAGAGACGGUAUCAUCUCAGAAAGACACCGCCCACAUCUUCAAGGAAAGAUGCACAUGCCAUUAUUCUUGAGUUUAUUCGUAGUCGCCCACCACUUAAAAAGGCUUCAGAGAGACGAUUACGACCGUUACAGAAGGAAUGCACCUUGAGAGAAUUACUUAUGGAGAGCAUAAAGAAACCUCCAAAGCCUUUGAGAUCAUCUUGCUCGAGACAAAACACCGCAAAAGUUGAAGAAAUAUCACCUUGCGACGCAGGCGGCGUGUCUCGCAUGAUAGUCCUCGGGGAGGUGCCGCCGUCGCAGCCGGAGCAGGAGCAGGAGUCCGCGCAGGAUGUUGCGGCUCAGUGGUUGCAGUCGGAGGAUCAGAAGGCGACAGCGGCGCCGGGUUCUGGUGCCGGCGUCUUGACGGCACCAAGUCGCAGGAAACAGGACGUUCCGCCGGUGCCGCAACCACGACAAAGGAUCUCCAAGGACCGACCCGAUGUCAGGGUCGUGCCAGCUAGGAAUCGUAAGUCGCGUAGAAGGCGCAUUACGGUCGCAGAUGUAACGCACAACGGAGAAGGUAUUAAGGAGUACGAACCAUCAGCGACUCCAAAACCACCCGGAAGAAAUCUGGACGUGUCAAACGCAGCCAGGCGACCCAAGAAAGUGAUACCCGUGGAUUUUGAUCUGAAGUUAGACGCAGAAGAUGACGAUGACGACGAUGAUGAAUAUUAUAACGAUGAGGAUUUCGCCGAGACGAGGUUUGAGGAGGAGGAUGAAGCUUCUAAUUACUGGCACCUAAAGGAUUACACUUUCGGUGGCCGGGGUGUGCGAAACGGGCACAAGGAUCACGAGCAGAGGGAUGACGACGAAGCAGGAUCAGCGAAUCCUUGGCGGAAGACUGGUGGGCUUCGCUUGACUAGGAAUGAAUAUCAUCGAUUCUGCGAUGCUCAAUUAGAAUCUUACGAUUUAGCGACGCAAUGUCCUUCCCGGAGAGCGUCCGCAAAAAGGCAUUCUGCGAAGUGCGCUAUACCAUUAAUGUCGCUCACAGGGACGACGUCUUUGCCGCAGUCACGACCGCAGAGUCGGCAGCAUGCCGGUCUCACGGAUUCAUCGCUGAGCCAAGGUCCAAGUCCCAAUAUCAGUCUAAAUCCCAGCCCGAGUCUAAGUCCGCAGCCACGAGCGAGGCAACCGCGACGGGCAUACACAAUCACCGAAGGCAAGGACGAGAAAGUACCUGGCGAAGAAUGGGAAGAUGAUGCUGAUCGGAAAGCAACGCUCGGGGACAUGUUAUUGGAUGAAAGACUCUCGUUAACGUUGGACGAGAUCGUUCACAUCCGUAGUGUUCUCACGAAAGCCGAACUGGAGUCUCUUCCCGUGGAAGGGCGCGUGAAAGAAGAUGUGGAGAAACGACGCGUUUGCUUCCUCUGCUUGAAAACGCGUUUCGGUCUGUUGGGUCCUUGGGGUCAACGCUGUCGCUUGUGCAAGAGGACCGUCUGCGUAAAAUGCUAUUCGAAAAUGCGGAUACCGACAGAGCAGUUUGCCCGGGUGCCAGUCGUGUUACUCUCCCCCGGGCUGCUACUCUCACCUACGGAAGCGGAAAGUGGCGGUGGCGGCGGUGGCGGUGGCGGCGGUGGCGGCAGCGGCAGCAAAAGUCCCUGGUUGAGAAACACAGGUGCUGUCGGCUCAGCACCGGCGUCUCCUGCGUCUAGGCGAAAGGAUUCCGCAUUGCGCAGCGGCACACCUGCUUCAACACCAACGACGACACCUGUCUCUGCGUUGACGCCAACGUCGACACCACCUUGUCACGCGCGUCGAGAAAUAGAGGGUCAAGGACUAGAUAAAAGAUGCUACAAAGGCAGUGGCAGCCCUGCUGCUCUGUCGACUACGAAGACGUUUUCGACGUCUAGCGGACCGAGCGCCGAGCAACGUAUGGCAGCAGAACGGCUGCGCGGUGUCGCCGUCGUCGUCUGUCACGACUGUCGUAUCAUGGUCAUUCAGAUAAUCAAGAGCUCGAGAACGACGCGCGCUACGAUACGCAACAAUGUCAUCUCUCGCCUCACUUUGAACCUCUCCCCAGCGUAUGUCUAAUCUCGUCGCCUCUUCGUGAGACUUCCGUCAGGAAGUUCCGGUGCAUCGUUUCACUAUUGUUUCCACGUUCUACCUUGUGCAGCUCAUGUUCGUUCUGAACGCAUUCUGCAUUGGCAACGAGAACAAUUGCCGUCAUUUUUGCAACUCUAAAGAAAGAAAGGAGGAAAUGCGUUGCACACACAGGCGUCUGUUUUCAUUGCGAGAUGUGAGAAUAUAUUCAUAUGAAAAGUGGAUGUGUCUAAGAUGCGGUACAUCGCGCAAAUCGAGGAUUGAAAUUGAUAUAAUUUUGCUAAGUUUAAUUUUCAACGGAAGAGAUGAGCAAACAGGAAUGCAUUGUGUCAACAGGUAUAUUUUAGUAGUCUUGCGAAUAAACAUAUGCAUCAUCAGUGAUCCUAUUUGUUUUCCGAUAUUCAAAUUUAAGUUUGGUGAAAUUAUAUCAAUUUCAAUAAACAGUGGAUUAUUUAUAGGCGAUUUGCUUUACGCGUUGAGAUACUUAUUCUGAGCUCAAAUGUUUUUCUCUCUAUAUUUUCUUUAUAUUGCACAAAUCUGUUUCAACACGUAAAGACUGUAUGUUUUUGCAAGACAUUCAAUACUCUACUUCGAAAUCUUUUUGGCUUCUGCACAGGAAAGUUUCUUUUUAUCGUAAACUCUUCUCUAUGUCAUAGAAUGUGAAAUAUAAGAUUAAAGAACUCCAGUAAUAACAAAUCCAAAGACUUAAGAAUCUGUGAAUUUGUAAAUUUCAGAUGACCAACUUCUUUGUGCAUCAGCUAAAAACAUUUUUCAGGAAGAGUAUUGCAUUACAUUCUAAUAGACAAAUAUUCCAAAGCACGAAAUAUGAUAUUAAUUUUUCAAUUAAAUU